UUAGCAAAUCAAACAAACGAAUAAGUAGUCACACACAGACGGCUAUUCUUUUUAAUUUUCAUCUCACCUGGACGCAAGAGUUUAUUUUUCAUCAUGGCGAUCUGGAAUGAUGAAACCGAAGACCAAUUUAUCAGCUACAUCCAGGAGAGGCCAGCUCUGUUCGACAUUACAGAGAAACUGUACGAGAACCGCAUAGUGAAAACCGGACUCUGGCGAGAGAUUGAAGCUCUACUUGGUUUAUCAGAGAAAGAGCUCAAUAAAAAGUGGGAUUCUCUGCGAACCCAGUACACCCGGUACAGGAUAAUUGCACCAUCGGGUAGUUCUGGAACACUAAAGACUGGCAGACAGCAGUGGAUCCUGACCAGGCUGCAGUUUCUAGAGCCCUACACAAGAAGGAAGGAGAGUACUUCGAACCUCACCAUCACGGAACCUCAGGUGCCUGCAGAAUCACCUGAUGGCACCAGCAGUGAAACCUGGACCAGCACCACUGAGGAGUCCUUCCUCUUUGAGGCUGAGUCAAGGCCCUGCACUCCCCUGGCAGAAUCCAACAUCUGUGGAACAGAGUCCACACCGGCACCGCUCGGAGAGGGGCCAAGCCUACUCAGUCAGUUAAGCACUCCAAGGACUCCGGUGAAGCGCGGCAGGAAGAUGCAGGAUGAGUCCGCCAGUAAGGCGUCAAAAAUAUUGAUGCACAAGAUUGGAACAUUUUACUUCCACGGGUGAACAUAACGAGGACAUCGCGGCCCAUUCAAAAGUGUUUGAACACAGACUGCGGCAGUUGUCACGUAAUGUGCUGCCACACUUCCUGCAUGAUGUGGAAAACAUCUUCUUUAGGUAUUUAAAGGUCUUAGACAGCUUGCCCUGUCUUACUCUGUGGUUGGAGACAGACAGACUGACUGCCCUAUAUGCAUGCAUUUACGUCUGAGUGCCCUACAGUGUGCAUUUCGGAAGAUAGGCUGUUUCAUCAGCAACAAAGAUAAUGAAAGAGCUGACAAACUGUGCUGUAAAUUGAACUCAUUCUGUCAAACAUGAAUAUGUGUUUUUAAUGUGCAGAGGUUUACCAAGUCUGAUGUAUUUCUUUUAAAUAAUGGAAGGAUGAAUACAGCUAAAGAAACCUGAAUCA